AUGUGUCAAGGGGAAGACUGGGGAACGGGUGAUUUAGAACAUCGUGUCUGUGAUGUUCGUGGUGUUGUUGUGGUUGAGUCAGAGUUGUGGAUGGAGAAGAGAAGAGGAAAGAAGAGAUCUGAGGCAGCUGGGCAGGAGAUCACUUUAUGGGGCCAGCCGAUGGUGCGUGGGUAA